UUCUACAUCAUAACGCUCACGAACCCUGAAGUACCCAACACUUCAUUUACCAAAGUUUCGCCUUUUCUGAUUCACAAGGCUCUUCUCUCAGUAUUAAGAGAAGUAGCCUCGGUGAAAAAAUUACGCUCGGGUGACCUUUUAGUUGAGGUCUCCCAGAAACAAGCUACUAUUCUAUCUAAUUGUACCAACAUAUGCUCCUUCAAUAAAACAGUAUCGCCUCAUAAGACUCUUAACACCUCUCGAGGUGUCAUAUCACAAUCUGAAUGCCUCGAUGAUGCAGAAGAAACAAUUGUGGAAAAUUUAACAGACCAACAUGUUACUGCUGUCCGUAGGAUCAGGAUUAGGAGGGAUGGGAAACUCAUCCCAACGAAACAUCUGAUCCUUACUUUUGACGCACCGAAAUUACCAUCUUCGGUUAAGCUUGCCUGGCAUAACUGCCCUGUACGACCAUAUGUGCCAAACCCAUUAAGGUGCUUUCAGUGCCAAAGGUUUGGACACUCUAAAGUAUCUUGUCGUAGCAGCCCAUUUGUUCUCGAUGCUCUGGAUCUGACCAUGAUGACACUACCUGUGAGUUGCCACCCCUCUGCAUUAACUGCAAGGGUGCUCACCCUGCCUACUCCAGGAGUUGUCCAAAAUGGUCCCAAGAGAAAGAGAUACGAAGUGUCAAAGUAUUGCAAAACGUGACGUUCAAUGAAGCCCGCCGUAUAGUAACCGCCCGCACUCCUCGUCCGGGUGUGUCCUAUUCUGCGGCUGCCAAGACUUCAUUUUGCUCUGUCAGUACGUAAACGGACCUUCCACCUUUGCCCUCUACCUCUCAUCACCAGACUAAAACUACAGUCCAAAAGCCAAAAUUCAAUUUUAAUACACCAUCAGCAUCAAAUAGAACAACAUCUCCUCCUCCUAAGAAAACUUCUAAAAUUGAUAACGCAGAAAAAGUCCGACCAUUCCCCAAACAGCUUCCAUCAACAAAAAUACCUCAAGCUAAAAAACCUGGCAUAACUCGGAAGAAAAAAGACCCAAAAUACGUCAAUCAAUCAACUUCUUCUUCUCAGAAGAUGGAUUUAGACGUAGAAUUAUCUCUUCAUCCUUCCGACGAUGAAUUUUUACUAGACUAACCGAAAACUUUUGACGUUGAAAACGA